GGAGAAUUUCAAAAUAUAUGCGAUGAACUUCGUUCAGACAUUACAGGCAUGUGACAAACAACAACAAAAUAUUUUCUUUGAGAUUAUGGAGAGUUUUAACACCUUUAUUGAGGAAAUACUUCUUGCGAGGCACGUGUUAGUGGGAGCUACAGACACAGUAAAUGUUCAAGAACUUCUCUAUCGAGAUUUUCUUGAAUUAUUUCGUCACUUAAAGAUGGGUCCUGAAGAACACGAAAGAAAAUACUUGGAUAAAUUAAAGACUGUGAAAGAAAAUCGUCUUGGUGGUAUUCAUAAAAAGAUGACCAUGUUUCGCUCAAAUACUCAGAUUACCCCAGAGCAAAUCAUUAAUGUUAAAAUGACAGAGAAAGAGAGAGAAGAUAUAAUCGAGUUUCUUGCCAUGGCUACCAAUAUUCUUCAAGGUGUCAUGUCCACAAGACCUGGAGACCAAACUCUAAUGGACAUCCUUAAAAAUCUCGGAACCCAUCGGAUGACAUUUGAUUAUCGAAACGAAAUUAUCGAAGUGGACGAAAUAAACAAAAGAAGUUUAGGAAAGAUGAUUAUACGCUAUGUUGGACAUGAAGGUUCUGAGGAAAAACCUGGACUUCGAAGACUACUGCAAGCCUGCAUCGACUUUUUACAGAAAGAGGGAAGCGGCGUGUGGAAGAAUGCCUCCUUCACUAUCUAUGACGAGGACGACAACAUGUACAAGAUAGCGAGUGGAACUAGAAAAUAUCAAUUUAUCUGUCGAAUGAAAAACGGAGAGCCGUUUAUAAAAGAGCAAAUGGGAGGACAUUCACAUAAAAAACCCAAAACACAGCAUCAACAAAAUCCUGCACAACCCGGCACACAGGACAAAGGUUGUCAAAUCAUGUGAAAAAACUAUUUGAUUCUAAAAGAAUAAAAGAAUCAAUAUUAAUAUUCUAUCUCACAUUGUUACAUGAUAGAAAAUGACUUCUAAACAACAUAAAGAAAAAAAGAUUUUGAAGACGUUAUAUGUUAUUUGAAGACUAUGAUUAUUGCAGUGAAGAAUUUUUGUGUAAUUAAGACCAUAAGCUGAAAUAUACAGUUUUUAAAUAUACAAUCGUAAACAAUAACUGCAAAUUUUUCAAGCGUAAAAAUGAUGAAUU